GCCAAACUCGGCAUUGCAAGUGGGUGUGGCGACACGGCGCGAGACCUAGGUUCGACGCCGCGAGACCAGCCUCUUCCCAACUACCUCUGGGGUCUGAACUCAUACUGCUGCCAUCUGGCGACGUAUAGCAUGAAUCAAGGAUAAGUUUCUGUCCGUGUGGAUGUAUCUGGAGGACUUGGAUCAUGGCUUCGUCGGGGUCGUUCUUUCCUCGCAUAGAGUCGGUCUUCUACGUUGUCUUUGACAGCCGCCAAGGACCCAAAAUCGUCUACCAAGUACCUGAAGGCCUCAUCGCUACUGGUCCUACCACUGGUAUAGGGUCCAAUACCCUUGCGCCCCUUACCCCAGCGACACCGUCGCCCACCGUCACCGACAGCCCGUCUGCGUCGCGCUUCGAUUCUCGCCAUUACCUCAGUCCGCGGAAACGCUCCGUCUCGUCCAACCGCUCUCUCUUCCACUUCGACGACAUAUCGAGAUAUGUCAUGCCUCGCAGCUCACUUUGCGGUAGGCUCGUGAUCUGCGCGACCAAGGGACACAGGAUCAUCGGCUUUCCCGUCGAGCUGCAAGGUCACUACGAGCGUAACUACUUCCGGUAUAAUCUCUGCUUCGUCUUCGAGCGCAGCGCAGACUUGAGCUGCUAUGAGCCGGUUGUCCGCAAAGUUAGCCGCGUCUUGUCAGCGUGCGAGCUAGAGUCGCGCUUUCUCUCCGAACCAGAUAGCUCGCCAUCCAUAUAUGCCGUUCUGGAGCAGCUAUACGAGGAUCUCAAUUCGUACUCAGAGACAUCCAUACCUCUCGACAAGUUUAACUCUAUUGAGCUGAAGAUCUUCCCUUUCUAUCCCAAUCCGCCUCAAGUCAAAGAUUGGAUGGUCCCUUUAGCUCUCAUCGAUAUCAAGAAACGCAUUGAGCCUAACUGGGAUUUGACCAUGGUGAAGGUUUGCCGAUACAUCGACGGCACCAACCAUAUCAGCCGCAUAGCACGACUGGCGGACUGCGACGUGGAUCUCACCCGACAGGCCAUUGCACAUCUAUUGUACUACCAAGUAGUCAUGAUGAUAGAUAUAUUUCAGUACUCCAACAUGUACACACUGUGCACGACGAUUCAGUGGCUCGCCGACGAGACCCAUGUAAGGGACGAAUGCGGUCCGUACACCACAAAGCCAGGACAACCCAUCGCCGAUUGGCCAAAGCUGCUACAUCUCUACUCGCGCCUGAAACCGGGGAAGACGGUCUUCGAGUGGAUGCAAGAGUACGACGUACAGUCCUAUAACAUAGACGUACGCCGCUUCACAAGCUUUGGUGUCAUCAAGGGUUUCCUCCGCCGAGUGCAUCGUUGGCCUGUCCUUCUCCCCGAGAAGAGCACGCCACAGGCAGAACGAAUAGGUCUACCCCAUUCUUUCGGCCGCAAACGCGGGAAGAGCUUUACCAUCCAGACUUCUCCGCCACGCCCACUGCGCCCAGAAGGCGACACCAUGCCCAUCCGGGGUCGAGCACAAGCGUCGCUUGCUACGGAGGUCGUCACUGCCGGGGCUGGGCUGGUCACAGUACACUCAUCCGCACCCACGACGCCCGUCGUCCCGCACCGCGCGCGGCGCGCGAGCGCAGCGGAGUCGUCGCUCGAGCAGCUGCGCAACCGCGAGACGACGGCGGCAACGACGGUACGCAAGUCCACGUCGAACGCGCUCGAGCAGCUCUUCAGCCCGCGUCUCGCUAACACCGUCCCCUCGAGCGUGGCCACGAGCCACGUCCCGCCGACGCCACGUCCGCCCACCCGCGAGCCCUCCGCUGCGUCUGUGACGGGCUCGAGCGACCAGGGCCAGGCGUCGCUGCUCCCCGCGCAUCCAGGAUUGCUCCGUCCGCGCGUGGAGCGGUCGCCGUCCGCGCCCGUGGUGGCACAGGUGCACGCACAGUCGCAGCUGCAUACGGCGCCGGCCUAUCCGAAAGAGCUCUUGCCGCUCCUGGACGGCGAACACCAUACAGAUGAGUUGUGUGCGCGGUUCGAGGUCGGGUGGCCGAUGUUGAGGCAGUGGUUGGUGAUGGCGGGCGGCGGGAAGGACUACGGAGAUUUUGGACAAGUUGCUAUCAUAUAUAGGUAGCAAAUACAAGGCUUGGUACAUCAGUUCGCUAUUGCAGGGCACAACUGCGAUAUCCCGUGGUGACAGUGAGGCCGCUCGGACGACUGCUCGGUACAUAUGCCUCCUAACGCGAAGCUAGACACCGC